GGUGUCAGAGUUGGCGGUCCUCUCCAAUAGACACGACCUUUGUGUGUUCCAUGAGGAUAGGGUGGUUUUGAGGUUAGAUCCCUCGUUUAUUCCUAAGAUAAACUCCUGGUUUCACCGGGCAGAAGAAGUUGUUUUGCUAAAUUUCUGCCCAGGACCACAACAUGAGUUAGAGCACAGAUGGCAUAAGUUGGAUGUAAGGUGGGCCCUUAAGAUCUACAUCAAGAGGACUGCUGAAUUUAGGAGAUCAGAGGCUAUGUUUGUGUCAUUUCAUCCUACCUCCUUGGGGACCAAGGUAGCUCCUUCUACAAUUGGGAGGUGGAUUUGGACUUGCAUCUCCAAGGCCUACCAAGCUUUGUCCUUGCCACUUCCUAGGAACAUCACGGCUCACUCCACUAGGAGUGCGGCUACUUCGGCUGCCUGGUCUUCUCAGGCUUCACUGGAGAUUUGCAGGGCUGUCUCUUGUCGUUUAUACAACAUUAUAAGUUGGACUCCUUUGCUUCGGCGGACACCUCGUUCGGAAGGAGGGUGCUUCAACAGGUAGUACCACAGUCGGAAUGACCUACCCAGAUGUUAACCCUCCCAUGGGCAUGCAGGCUUUGGAAACCAUGUUCUGGAAAUUUGAUCUCCACACAACUUCUCAUAUUGAUACACUUUUGGAGCGUGGGAAUGUGACCCUUUUUGAACUUUUGGAUGAGGAAGAUGUAUUGCAGGAAUGCAAGGUGGUCAAUCGAAAGCUUAUAGAUUUCCUGGUACAACCAGAACAUAUGGAAGCUCUAGUCACUUGUGUGACUGAGGAGCCCCCUGGGGAUGUGGAUGAAAGAGUGCGCUACAAAUAUCCAAGUGUUUCUUGUGAGAUCUUGACUUCCGACGUCACACAGAUAAAUGAUGCGCUGGGUGAGGAUGAAUCUCUUCUGCGACGUCUCUAUGGCUUCCUUCAGAGUGAUGGAAUCCUCAACCCUUUGUUGGCCAGCUUCUUCAGCAAGGUUAUGGGGAUUCUUAUCAACCGUAAAACUGAUCAGAUAGUUGCCUUCUUGCGUAAGAAGGAUGACUUUGUCAACCUGCUGCUACAUCACAUUGGUACCUCAGCCAUCAUGGACCUCCUGCUGCGACUCCUAACCUGUGUGGAACAAUCACAGCUUAGGCAAGAUGUAUUCAAUUGGCUUAAUGAGGAGAAAAUUGUGCAGAGGCUCAUUGGGAUGAUCCACCCUUCAAAGGAUGACAAUCAACAUUCCAAUGCUUCACAGUCUUUGUGUGACAUUAUCCGGCUGAGCCGUGAACAGAUGAUCCAAAUCCAGGAUAGUCCUGAGCCGGACCAGUUACUGGCCACACUUGAGAAACAGGAGACAAUUGAGCAGCUGCUAAGCAAUAUGCUGGAUGGAGAACAGAGCGAAUCUGUCAUAGUCAAUGGGAUCCAAGUCUUGCUGACCCUGCUGGAACCACGAAGACCCAGGAGCGAGUUGGGUGGCAUAGGGGGCUUUUAUUGCAAUAUGGAGGGGCAGAUGGAGAUGACUACUCCCAACUGUGAAGUGGCUUCCAGCCAGGCCAGUUUGGGCACUCUGCAUGCCAUCAAACAGCGUCUCAGGGAGCUUCACCGGCUGCUCCUCGAUCCACCAAAGAAAGAAGCCCUGCAGACUACCUGGGGGGUCCUGGACCCUCCUUUAGGAAACACUCGUCUGCAUGUAGUGAAGCUGCUGGCCAGCUCAUUGGGUACAAGCAACACAGCACUGCGGGAUGAGAUCAUUGAACUUGGGGCCAUUGACACUAUGUUGGAUCUCUAUUUCAAGUAUAUCUACAACAACUUCUUGCACGCCCAGAUAGAGGCCUGUCUUAGCAACAUUUUCAACCCGCUUGUUGGAGACGAAACAAUAGAGAACCACUCAGAGCCCCACCCAGAGACUCCAGUCAUCCAACAUUUGCUGCAGAAAUGUCGCUUAAUCCAAAGAAUUUUAUCUGCCUGGGAGGAGAAUGAGCAGUCUCAAUUGGAUGGGGGAAGACGCAAGGGCUACAUGGGGCACCUCACUCGGAUUGCCAACGCCUUAGCUCAAGGCUCUGAGAAGUGGCCUCACUCAAAUCUCAUCAAGCAGCUCUUAAAAGAGAUGCCUGAAGAAGACCAAGAACAAUGGGAAAAAUUUGUCUCGGGACCUUUAUCAGAAACCAAUAAGAAGAACACUGUGGAUCUAGUUAACAUGCACAAUCUCCACUCAUCAAGCGAUGAUGAUGAGAACGAUCUCAAGGAGUUCAGCUUCCCUCAGGAGGCUGUCCUGCAGCAGGCUUUCGUAGGUUACCAAAUGCAACAGAUGACUUCAUUCAUUGACCACUUUGGUUUUCAUGACGAAGAAUUUGGCGAGCAGGAAGAGAAUGUCAAUGCUCCCUUUGACAAAACAGCCAACAUCACCUUCUCACUGAAUGCAGAUGAUGACAGUCCCAACGCCAACCUUUUUGACAUCUGCUACAAGGAGCGAAUUCAACAAUUUGAUGAUGAUGAAGAGGCUGAUGGCUCUGAUGGGGAGGACAUCUGGCAGGAAAAGGAGAGGACUAUCACUUCGGGUACCUCACCGUCUAUGACAGUCAGAAGACUUGGUAGCACAGACAGUGAAGAUAGUGAAGACUCAGAAGGUGAAGGGGGUGAGGAAGAGGAUUCUGGUGGGGGAGAUGGAGAGGCCAUUCCUGUCAGCAAUGGCUGUGGUGAACAAACGGAAGCAGAAAGAACAUUAGGAGAUCCUAGCUGGGCAGACAGAUCUGAUCUGUCCUCAAAGUCUACGAAAUCCUCACAACUGGUAACAGCUGAUACAGGAGCAGCAGUGUGGGACCAACCUAAUUCGGGUGCCUCCUGCUCUGGCAAAGAUGAGAAUUGGGCCUCCUUUCCAGAACCCACUGUACAUCAAGAGAGUUCUUCUAAAGUGCUCACAGAGCCAGCCGUCCUCUCUCAGGAAGUACGAAAUAAUGGAUCCCAAGUAGAAGCAGUCUCUAGUGUUUCACAGGAUCCUCCCACCCCAGACACAGGCCCUCCAGAAGAGGGAAACCCAUCAAACUCUCCUAUCGUGAUAACAGUAGCCAGCACAAAAGAACCUCCCCCAUCUACCUCUGAUUCCAUCCAGCCACUUCAGGGGACAACAGAAGCUCCACAACCUGAGCACAGCAACCCUCAGCUAGAGCAACAGCAGCAAUCGGCAGCCAGAUAAAGGCACUCAGUGGGUCUCGUCACUGGGAAAGAACCACGGCUGCUUGCUCGAUCAAGUCUAUUUUGCCAGGGACUGUCCCCAGUCCUUCCGGUGCCUUCACCCCAUGGGCAGGCGGGGGGCAGAAGAGAAAGCAGCAAGGGGCAAUGAAAGGGCCCAGCCCUCUCUCCCUCUCUCCCCCUCCCUCUCCCCCUCAAGCAAUCACUGAAGAGUCUGGUUCCAACAAGCACCUGUGAGAGAAAUGGAUGUGUGUACGAGGGUCGCAACAUCAUCCCCCUUCUGGCCACAUCAUUUGGCGAACCCCAGCAACGGUGUUUCCCACCCACCACCCCUCUUGCUCCGGCAAGGGGCAGCAACCUUUGGCACAAGGCCUCUCCCCCUGCAUCCCCUCUCCUCAAUAUGCAUUCAUACACACUGCUGCACUGAGUAAACCUGUCUUUAAUGCAAUUAAAAUUGAAUGCUUGAAUCAUAUCAGAAGUCUUCUGAUGGGGGGCGGGGCGGUAGUGCUAGGUGGGUGGGGAGAAAACCCAUCAAGCAAUCUCAUGACGAUUGAAUGUCCCACUUGUAAGAACACUUCUUCCAUCUACACAUUUGAUCCAUGGGGAGGUAGGCGCGACUACUAGAGGUAUCACAGGAGAAUAACUAAAAUAGGCUUGCUUCCAACAGGCAUAAUGGGCUUUGUUAACUGUGAAGGUUAGGACAGCGGCGUGUAAGAUGGAAUUUGUGGGAUGCACAGUCUCUUUUUCCUAUUGGGAUGGAACCCUGUUUUGCAUUUUAGCAAGUGUUAGAUCCAUUGCCUCCCCCCACCACCAAUGCAGGUAGCCCACAUGAGAAAGCAGAGGUGGCUUUUCUGAUCUGUUGGCCAAACAAUAUUAGCAACACCUCACCAGAAUUGCCCAUCGUUAACUUGGAAUCUUCCACCAACUUGCUCAGUAAGGCUUCAGACCUCUUUAUUAAUUAGCAUUUGUGAAUCCUGGAUUGGAACCUUUAAAAGUUUUCAUCUUGAUUCUUCCUAUUUCAUCCCCUCCCAGUGCGUAGUCACCACUCACUUGGUUGUCAGUCCUCUUCUCAUUUUCUUCCCAUUGGAUUCUGCCUUUUCUAGCCAUUUUUUCCUUGUAGUGUUAAAACACCAUUUUGUAACCUGUGAAAAAGGAGAUCUUUCCCACAGGCCCAAGUACCAGCUGCAUUGAUAGAGUGAGAAACCGGCUAGAUUCUGUCAUCACUUCCUUUCAGUUAAGAAGUGAGAGAAUCUACAACUUAGGGGUCAGCCCCAAGUGACCAUCAUGUCCUUGGAGAAGCCAUUCAUUUUUAAGAGGCAUAGCAGAGAAUUCUAUAUCGUUGCUUUGUUAGUUGACAGUUUCCCCUCCCCCCCACUUCCCAUUUCAGUGUUUUUGAUACAGUGUGCUGUAAUAGAUAACCCUUAAUCUUCAAAUAUUGGCCUACUCUGUGUCCUUACUGCAACAAUUGCCUGAUGUAUCUCCCCAACACAGCCCAGAAUCCAUUUUACAGGCGUUUUCUUACAUAUAUAUCUACAGCACAUUCCUAAAAUGUAAUUUAAAUUUUCUCUUCUUCCUCCCUCCACUAAGAAAGAAAAGAAAGUUCUGAAUUAUGUAAGUGCAGUUCUUUGAUUCUUGAAAAACUCUGCUGCCAUUUCUUGAGUUCCUACUGAGAAUUCUUCUACACUUUGUAAUACGCAAGAUUCAAAUUGCCCUUGUAGGCCUGAAUUGCAGGCUCUCCUUUCUGCAAGAAGUGUCCUUGUUAUGCCACUUUUUUUUUUUUUUUGGAUGAUUAGGAGUCUUCAUUUAAAGUCCUUACCCCAUUAAAUUAUAAUUCUCUUAUGUAACUCCUUUUUUCUCCCUCAUCUCUGAUCUCCUAUAACCUUUGAAAGCAACCAAGCAAUCAAAAUCACUAGGCCACCUUUGCCCUGUCUACCAAGUUGGGCAAGAGCAUGGCAAAACUCAACCAUGAAAUGGAAGAGGACUUUAGGUCAGCCUGUUCUCUGGAUAGGGGAGAAAGGAAGUGAGACAAAGAUUGAAAAACGGGUUUUGCAGAGGUCGGUGUCUGAACAUCUGGCAUAGGACGAGAAGUGAUGGGAAAUAUUCUUGUAUAAGAAGUGAACACACACACACCCCUUCUGCCCUCUGUACUUGCAGAUAGUAGGUUUGUACCCCUCCUGUCUCCCUCUUCUCUCACCCCUCAAUAUAAGUGGCAAUAUUUCAUGAAGCUCUUAAAAUCACAAAGGAGAGAAGUGGCCUUUCGCGUUGUCUGCGUCAUGCCAUUUUGUUUUGUUUUCUUUUCCCCGUGUGUGUGUGCGCGCGCAUGUGUGUGUGUGUGUGUAUGUAUGUAUGUAUGUAUGUAUGUGUUCUGUUUGAAUAAAGAGA